AUGCUCAAUUCACCCAAAUACGAUCUUAGGGGCGGGAAGAGGAGAGUAGGAAUGCGGGCGACAGAUGGACCGAAGGGUUCGCUGUUAUCUACCUUCAGAAACCCCACAGGCGGCCUUGAAUCCCGGGAUACUAAUAAAAAGAAAAUGGGAACAUCUGGCCAGAGCAAUGGAUUCGCUUCAGGAGGUAAUGGCUCAUUUAUAAAUUUCGAGGACGAAGAAGACGAUGAAGAGGAGGAAGUUACAAGCACCCGAGCACCGUCUGUCACCGGAUCAUCACAAGGCGCCCGCGCUCGCCUCCCAACCUCAUCUCUCAGUACGAAAGUCAGCGAUGAAUUGGGGGAUGUUUACUGCGAUGUUGAAGACUUUCCUACACCUAAACAGCCCAAGGCGAAAUCAUUGCUGGGGAACCUUUCGGACGACACUCCAUUCGCGGAUGAGCAACGGAGAGGAGAUAUUAAACCAACAGUAUGGAAGAGCAAAAACACCAAGGAAAAAGAGGAUGAGGAGUGGAGAAAAGAAACACAAAUGUUGCUAAGAGAGAAUGAAAAGCGACGGAUGAAUCCACAACACAUCCGAGGGGCAGGCUUUGAUACCGAAGGGGUUAAGAAAAUGGCAAAGAAAACACCCGUAGGGAGUGGUUGGGAUACUGGGCCGACCAAGAAGAAGCUCUCGACGUACAAAAGGAAGGCGACAUUUGGUGGCCGAAACCGAAAAAGUACUCAAACAAAGACAAAUUUGGACUCAGACUUUGAGGACGAGAACAAGAAAGAAUCUAAAUCUGAGUCAUCAAAUUUUAGCACUGCGCAGCCAGUUGAUGGAUUCAGGGAUCCUACUAAGCUCUAUGCACUUCCAGAGAAAGAAAUCAAAGAAGAUGUUUCUGCCCAAAUUGUUGCUUCCAAGAAAGAGUUUAGAAUUCCUCCACCGUUGCCGCCGAAAAAAGAUACAACGGAGGAAAAUUCCCCACAAUCAAAAUUUCCUGGGUUCAAGGAUCCGACGGAGAUGUAUAAACUGUCCAAAGGCACAACACCAGAACCAAAAAGUCCAAAAUUCUCGCCGUUCAACAAUUCUUUCAAUCUGAAGCACAACCAUAAAUUCGAAGAAAAGGAAUCACAAGCGCGGACUUACUAUGUAGAUGACCCCGGCGAUGACAUUGCUAGCUUUAAGGGUUCGGAGAAAGCAGACUCAAAAAAAAGAAAGGCAUCGAAAGCUAUUGACUUGAAUUCGAAAGAAGAUCGGAUUGGAAAGGAUGGCGGGUUUUCAUCGCUAGAUGACGCUGAGUUUUCUGUUAACGAAUCACAAUCAUCUUCUCAAGUGCGGCACAUGGACGAGAUCAGUCUUAUACUACAAGAGACUAAGUUGCGGGAACAGGCAAAAAAGCGGAAAGCAAUAACCAGCAUAUCCGACCUCUGUGUCAUCUGCAAUGAGGUUCUCCCAAUCGGCACAUUGGAUGCUUGGAGAUAUGACGACGGGGAGCUCAAGCCAAUCCGGAUGGCAGAAUGGGCCAUAAUUUGCAAUAAACAUAAGGAGGCAGGAUUCCAAGAACAAUGGGACAAGAGGGGGUAUCCUGUGAUCAAUUGGGGAGAACUGAAGAAAAGAGUAGAGCGCCACCACCAGAUUCUGGUUGACAUCGUCACGAAUAAAGUUACAUCUCCAUUCAGAGAUGUCCUUGUGUCACAGCAAAAGGAAACAAGAGGUAAUGCAGCGAUGUUACUACGCAAAGAUGUUCGGUUACAAUACCCCGGCUAUUAUGGUCCAAGAGGCUCCUCAAUUUUGCUCCACGAAAUCACAACAAGGCUCGGGUCCUUUAUCGGUGAUGCUGCUAAAAAGGAUAGAUUAAUUGGGCAAGGAGGUGUAAGUGCAUUUAUCCAAACAGUUCUAGUACCGGAACUCGGCGUGCGUCUCAUAAUGGAAGACUUGAAAGUGGGCGAGCUAGAAGCUAGGAAAAUCCUAGAUGCAAGCCAGGAUCUUGGUGAGAAGCUGCAUUUCAAUGACUAUAUAGAAGACAUAUACGACGAGGAGGAUGGCCCUUGGUUCGACAUCAAUGUAACUCAGACGGUGGCGCCAGUAGCCGAGAAGAAACGCGGUCGACUCGUGGAUCUUUGCGAUUCAGACUUGAGUUCUGACUAG